GACAAAGACAAAGACAAAGACGAGAAAAUUCCUCAGUGUGUCUUGCUUUUUUCAAUGUUAUCAUUCUUUGUGUGAAGAUGAAGACAAUCAUGGCCAAAUCUUCACACGACUCCUUCUCCUUCUCCCGGAGAUACCAUUUCAACUUCAACAAAACCAAACACAAUAAUAAUAGCCAAGACCAUGAAGACGACCAUCAAAUCCUAACCUUCAAACCUCCCAAACAAAAACACGCCGCCGUAUCUGUCUCCAAGCUCCGAUCCGCCAUCGCAUUGCUGGGGAUCAGGAGCCGAUCAUGUCGAGUCGUGGGGACAAUAUUCGGGCACAGACGAGGGCAUGUGCAUUUCUCAGUGCAGACGGAGGGAAGCGCAAAGCCGAUGUUCUUAGUGGAGCUAGCAAUGCCGACGACAGCGCUCGUGCGGGAGAUGGCAUCGGGGGUGGCAAGGAUCGCGUUAGAGUGCGAGAGAGGAGAGAAAAGGAAGAAGAAGGGGAAGUUGAAUGAGGAGGGAAUAUGGAGGGCUUAUUGCAAUGGGAAAAAGUAUGGAGUUGCACAUAGGUUCGAGUGUGGGGGUGAAGAAUGGAGGAUUCUUAAAGCCAUUGGGCCUAUAACGGUUGGAGCUGGAGUGUUGCCUGAGAGUGGGGAGGGAUGUGGUGAAGGCGAAGUGAUGUUCAUGAGGGCUAGUUUUGAGAGAGUUGUGGGUUCUAAGGAUUCAGAAGCUUUUUACAUGAUUAACCCAGAUGGAGUUGGAGGCCCUGAGCUUAGUAUUUUUCUGCUUAGGGUUUGAUACAGUUUUCGUUUCUUCUGUAAGGGUAAUACCUGGGUGCAGUUUGAGUUAUCACUCAUCUCCAUAUAUUUCUUACAAUGACAAAGAAAAAAAUUAUAGAUAUAGUUUGGGAUGCAUCAAAAUAUUUUUCUUUUCAUAACGGAUGAGUGAAACUAUUUAUAUUGUGUUUAAGCUUUUUAGGGAAGGUCUUGUUUAUGUACGAUAUAG